AUGAGCGCCGAAUCACUUUUCGACUCCGGUGCGGCCACCCCGCCAAAGGAGCUGCACACGGGCAAGGCCGCCGUCCAGCCCCGUCAUUGCUUCUCCCUCAUCGUGGCAGGGAUGACGUGCGAUGGGUGCGCCCGGCGUCUGCAGGAGCGUCUUGCGGAGAUCAGUGGUGUGGCGAUGGCGCAGGUGGACUUCCCCUCGAGACGUGCUGACAUUUACGUGGCGGACGUGCACGCGGGGCGAGAGGGGGAGGGAGGGGUGGAGGGGGAUGCGGCACUACGGCGGCGCGUGGAGGCCUGUGUGCGAGCGAUGGAGUACGAGGUGCUGCCGCAGUCGCCGACCGCGCCGGCGGAAGCGAAGGAAGAGAACGCGCCGCAGCCCCUGCCAUCGCUGCGCCGCGUGCGGUGCCGCUGCAACGGUCGUGGGUGCCGCUGCACCGAAGCGCCGGAGUUGGCGAUGACGACGGAGGAGACACGGCUUCUCGGCAGCGACAGUGAGGAGGCGGCUGCAUCAAGGGAGUGGCGGUGUGCGUCUCGCCGCCCAGCGGCGAGGCGACACACCGCCGCUGUUCCGCCUCUUCUGCACACACCGAGUGCUGCGAAUGCGACGGCGAAAACACGUCUGUUGAUUGAGGGGAUGUCGUGUUCCUCCUGCGCUGCCCGCAUCGAAGCUGCACUGCAAGCCAUGGACGGCGUUGUCAGCGCCUCCGUCAACUUCUCCACCUUAAGCGGUCAGGUGGUCCACAACACGUCCGUUGCCUCAUUGGAGAAGGUCGUGAAGUGCGUCGCGGACAUGGGCUUCACCGUCACCACGCAGAGCACGACGGCGAAGUUUGCGACAGAGGCGGAGGAGGGCCGCGGCGAGUGCACCUGCAGCACAAACCUGCGCGCCGUCCCGGUCCGCGUCGGCGACGUGGCCUCGUGCUACGAACACAAAGUGCUGAUCAAGGGCAUGUCGUGUGCGUCCUGCGCCGCUCGAAUUGAGGCCACCGUGCGCCAUCUGCCGUCGGUGCUGAGCUGCGUCGUUUCCUUCACAAACGGCACGGCGGUGGUUACGACGCGCACCGCGGACGGCUACCUGGAAGUGUGUAACGUGAUCCACUCACUCGGGUAUGAGGCAACGGAGACGUCGCACCUCGAGCCCGAUGCGUCGCUGAAGCGCACCCGCGAAGCCCUCGAGCGUACCCGCGAGAUCACCGAGCACAAGCGUAAUCUGAUCGGCAGCGCCGUGCUGAGCGUGCCGCUGCUGGCGGUCAUGAUCAUGAUGAUGGUGUCGGGCGUGAUGGAGGACUACCCGCGCGCGGCGAAGAUUAUCAACGGAGUGCAGCUCUGUGCUGCGACGCCCAUCGUCUUCUAUUUUGGCCGUGCCUUCUUCGUCAACGCCUGGCGCAGCUUUGAGCACGGCGCCUAUACGAUGGACACUCUGGUCGCCCUCGGCACCGGCUGCACCUACGUUUACUCCGCGGUGGUGUACGGCUUCAACCUGGUCGUGUGCCCAGACGGCCAUAUGAUGACCUGCUUCGACACGGCGGGGAUGCUGACCACCUUCAUGCUGCUGGGGCGCUUCCUGGAAGCUCGCGCGAAGCGCAGCACAAGCGGUGCGCUAAUUGAGUUGAUGAGCCUCGUGCCGACGACGGCGCUGUGCGUGCUACCGGACGGCAGCGAGGUGCGCGUCAGUUCCGCGGAGCUGCAGAAGGGUGCCAUGGUGCGCGUCCUCGCCGGUGAUCGCGUUCCGGUGGACGGUGUCAUUGUGGAGGGCAGCUCCGAGGUGGAUGAGCAGAUGGUAACGGGGGAGUCGCUGCCGAAGCACAAGAAGCCGGGCGAGCCCGUCGUGGGCGGCACCCUCAACAUCACCGCCACGCUGCUGAUUCAGGCGGACAAGGUGGGCGAGGAGACGAUGAUUGCACAGGUGCUGCGCAUUGUCCAGGAGGCCCAAAACACGAAGCCGGCGGUGCAGCGCGUUGCCGAUCGCAUUGCGAUGUACUUUGUGCCGUUUGUGCUUGUCCUUUCCAUUGUGACGCUCCUCGUCUGGCUGGUGCUCGGCGCAGCCCACACCUACCCCGACAGCUGGCGUGAGCACGGCACCAGCUGGUACGGCUUUGCCUUCAACUUUUUCAUUUCCACCGUCGUCGCCGCCUGCCCGUGUGCGCUGGGUCUGGCUACGCCCACCGCCAUCAUGGUCGGCACCGGCGUCGGCGCGAAGAACGGCGUCCUGGUGAAGAGCGGCGCGACGCUGGAGGUGGUGCGUAAGGUAAACUGCGUGGUGCUCGACAAGACGGGCACCAUCACAAAAGGCCACCUCGAGGUGGUGCGCACGGAGACGAUACUGAUGGACGCGUUGCCGGGGCUGGACGAGGCUCUGGCCUGCCGCCUUGUCGGUCUGGCGGAGGCGCAGUCGAACCACCCCAUCGCGAAGGCGGUGAGCGAGAAGCUGUUGGCGGAGACGGACCUGUCCUCCCCGGCCCAGCGUGAGACGCGCUACGCGGUCGGGGCGGUGGUCACCCACGGCGGCAAAGGCCUGGAGGCGUCCAUCAAGGUGUCCACGUCUGCCGCCGCUGUCGCCGAGCACGGCGCUGCACAAGAGCGCGUGUACCGUCUCCUCGUGGGCAACCUCUCGCUGCUGCGCGACAACGGCGUACCUCCGAACGUGGAGUUGGUGCGGCGCAUGGAGGAGGCGAACGGUCAGGGCCUGACGACGGUGCUGGCUGCGAUCGACGGCGUCGCGUGCGUCUUGGUCCGUCUCGCUGAUGAGCCGAAGCGGGAGGCCUUUGGUGUCAUCCAGCAGCUGCAGAAGGCGAAGAUUCGUGUGCUGAUGGUGACGGGCGACAACGUCGGUGUGGCGGGCCGGAUCGCUUGUGAGGUGGGUAUCGCGCCCGGUGACGUGCGUGCGGAGGCUCUGCCAACCACAAAGGCCGAAAUUGUCCAGGAACUGCAGGAGCGCGGACUGCGGGUGAUGUUCGUGGGCGACGGCAUCAACGACAGCCCGGCACUGGCGCAGGCGAACGUCGGGGUGGCGCUCGGUGCUGGCACAGAAGUGGCCAUCGAAGCCGCAGACGCGGUGCUGGUGCGCAACAGCUUGGUGGACUUGCUCAACCUCCACUCUCUGUCUGUCGUGACGGUGCGCCGCAUCUACGGUAACUUUCUCUGGGCCUUCGGCUACAACAUGUUGAUGCUGCCCGUCGCGUGCGGCCUCGUGUUUCCCUUUCUGCACCGUCAGCUUCCACCCGUGUUUGCGGGGGCGGCCAUGGUGUUGUCGAGCCUCUGCGUACUGAGCUCCAGUCUGUCCAUUCGCUGCUUCCGGCCGCACCGCGAGCGUGACUUCUACUACGACUAG